UUUACGUUCUCAGUGUUGUACUCGGUACACACUCCAACAGCUUCAACUUGACCGCAGCUCGUACAGCGGAUCGGGUUUCCUCAGCCUAUAGAGUCUCACGCCCUUGGAGAUCAGCGCUUCUGUGUUCUCCAGCCGAACGAGCUGCUUCUCCGCCGGUUCCUCCAGACUCCAACGCGGCACGGCGGAGCUUGUGCCAUGAGCUGAACACCCCGACGCCUGUCUCAUCUGGAACCAUGGGGCCGCGUGGGAGCCACUCGGCACCGCUCAGGGCCGGAGAAGCGGCGAUGCUGCUGGGCCUCUGUCUGGCCCAGUCCGCGCCUCCACAGACGUGCUCAGCCCCCCAGCAGAACGUCACCCAGCCUCAGUACCAGAACACUAUAGAGGACAAUGGCUCCGGCUUCAUGGCAGCUCUGGUCCAUUCCUUUCUCAACUCAGUCCAGCCUCAGCCGUUUCCUGGAGACCUGAUCCUGAACAUAACCGACAUGGUGCAGAAAGGGCAGAUCAGUCAAAAAACGACCACGGCCGCCCUGGUGUAUGAAAUAGGCUUCCUGGUCGGCGCCGCCGUCGGCGUCCUGUACAUCGUCCUGAUGCCUUUGGUCGGCCUCUUCGUGGCCUGCUGCCGUUGCUGCGGCAACUGUGGGGGGACGAUGUACCAGAAGCAGACGUCCUCGCUUCACUGUCGCCGGAGGGCGCUCUACUGGAGCGCCUUCGUCGCCACCGCCGUCAUCCUCGCCGGCAACAUCUGCAUGUUCAUAAGCAACGCCAACUUUAAAGUGAGCGUGCAGCGCGGUCCAGGGCUGCUCAACACAUCAAUAGACAACAUCAACACCUUUGUGACGGCGGUGCCUCAGCAAAUCGGCUCUGUGGUGAACGAGAGCCAGACCGUCAUUGAUGAUGUCAUCAACAACCUAAACAAUAUUGGACCCGAGCUGGGAUCAGCCAUCCAGCAGCGCAUGACAGGAACGCUGGGCCCGGUGCUGUCCUCACUCAGCCUCCUGGACCGCGAGACCGCGAACGUCAGCGUUCUGCUCAACGCACUGAACUCCUCCCUGGUCCAGCUGCAAUCCAGCGUCAACCUGCUUCAGAGCAACCUCACCAGCGUUCGCGGUCGCAUCAACGACACUCUGUCCGACCCCAACUGCAUUGGGUGCGGUUCCCAUAAGUCAGAGCUGCAGACACUAACGCUGAACAUCUCUGUUAACGUGCCUGGUCUGAGCACCUUCCAGUCUGCAGUGAAUGAAGUCGUCGCAAUCAACCUCACAUCCAAAAGACAAGUGGUCAGUGACUUCUUUAACAGCAUCCCGCAGAUGGUGACCAACAACACCAUGACUGUGGUUCAAAGCAGCAAGCAGCAACUGACCAACAUAGAAACACAAAUCUCCCAGGUUACCAGCAAGAUCCCUUUGUCUUCUCUGAACAGCCUGUCCAAUUCCCUGACCAAUGUGCAGACAGAGAUCAACCGGGUCGUCCCUCAAGUCCAGAGCUUUGAAUUUAUCAGGUGGAGCGUGACCAUAGCCAUUUGCUGUGUGGUUCUGCUGGUGGUUGUGUGUAAUGUCCUGGGUCUGGUUCUGGGGCCUCUGGGUCUGUCGCCCAGAGCCGACCCGACCAAGCGCUCCUGCGUGGCCGACUGCGGAGGCACCUUCCUCAUGAUGGGUGCGGGUUUCAGCUUCCUGGUGUCCUGGCUCUUCAUGAUAGUGGUGCUGGUGCUGUUCCUGGUGGGCGGGAAUGUUUACACUCUGAUCUGUCGGCCCUGGAGCAACGGACAACUGCUACAGUUCAUCGAUAAUUCCUUUUUAGCUGCAAACCUUCAGUCUUUAGGACUCAAUAGCAGCCUCAGCAUCUCUGAAAUCUACACAGACUGUGAGAACAACCAGCCCGUGUGGACGACGCUGCGCCUGUAUGAACUCAUAAACCUCAACGAUUACCUCAACGUGUCCAAAUACACGGCGCAGAUCCAGCAGCAGUUCGACAGCACCAACAUGAACCUGUCCUCCAUCAACCUCCUGAACCCUCAAGUCGAGAGCCAGCUCCGGAACUUCAGCGCCAACGCUUUGAACGUGGACACCACCGCUUUCACGCAGCAGACAAACAACAUCUCCAGCAUCAACCUGAAUACCACAGCCAAUGUACUGGACAACCUUGCUGCCAAUAUAACAAACACGACUAUCAAACAGCAGCUUAACGAUGAGGCCACGAACCUGAGGCAGCUCCAGAUCAACAUAGAAACAAUCAUCUUACCACAAGUGAGAAGCCUGAAUCUGACCAUCCUGAGCCUCACGUCCCUCAGCAGUGAAAUCAACCAAACGGUGGGGGGGCUGCUGCAAAGCGUGGGAGUAGCGCAAGGAUUCCUCAACACCAAUGUGACACAGAUCGUCCGGACCGAGAGCCGGACCUUUCUGAACUGUCAGCUGAGCUACUUCACCGCUUUCGCCCAGUGGGCCAACACCACGAUCACGCAGCAGGUGGGCCGCUGCCGGCCCGUGGCGGGCGCCAUCGACACGGCGCAGGAGAUCGUCUGCUUGCAGAUUGUGGAAUCACUGAAUGCGUUCUGGUUCAGUCUGGGCUGGUGCCUGAUGUUCUUUAUCCCCAGCAUCAUCUUUUCUAUGAAACUAGCAAAGUACUACAGAAGAAUGAAGUCCACUGACGUGUAUGAGAAUGAGUAUCUCAACCACAUAAGUAUGACUCACAUCCCACGGGCCCAGAUGAAAGUCACCUGAGAGGACGACACUCCUGCCCAGAUGUGACUCUGGUAAAACACCACCAGGUUACGUUCUACUGACGCUUGUCCAUUUCCAGGUCUCAGCAUCGUGUGGGGAAGCGAAGCACUUAUGUGACUGCAGUCACGCCACAUUGGAGACCACACGCCACAUAUUUGAAUUGACCUCAGGGCGUCACAGGGCAUGAGGGAAUCUGCAGGGAUUUGUUUUUUAUCAGUCCAAAUUUAUAUUUUCAUGAGAUUUAUUUGACCGUGUUCUGCUGCUGCUGGAUUCAGUGAAUAUAAAGUGGUCAAUAUCAACAAAGUUGUAAUUACUAUUUCAUUUACUUAAUAUAUAAAGAGUAAUGAACAUUUCAGUUUAUUUAUUUUUUAUAUGUUAAAUGUUUUACAUGUAUGCUGUUACUUACUAUGUCUUUGAUGUUUAAAUUUAGCCUUUUAUGAACAAUGACUUUCUUUUUGGAUCUUUUUUGUCCUUUGCACUUCGUCUUAUCACAGAUGCGUCAGUGGCCACAGAUAAUCUUUAAGUCCAGUCAGCAGACCUGACUGGUUUGUUGUUGGGAGAAAGGCUGUUUAAAUAGCAACUGUAACGCGACAACGCCGUCGCAGAGGAGCCUUCUGUGGCUCAUUAUACUGAGGCUCUGUUUUGUGUCACCAUGUGGAGCCAAGGUGCAACAGGCCCAGACAAGUCUAUAAUAAUGACUAUUCCUACAAAUCAUUACAAAUGUAAUAAAUGAUUUACAACAUAGAGAGGGGAGAGCUUAGAUUUAGUGUCUGCUAUAUUUAUUUUUAAAAUUUUUAAGUAGGUUCAUAGUGAUGGUGGUUUGUGGGGUGUUACUGUGCCAAAGGCAUGGGUGAUGUGCCAGCCUCAGUCUGUUCAUGGCUCUGUGGAAACCUAAUUCCAGAUGCACAACACUUUUACCGAAAUUCCUAGUUAUAUUUGCACUAAUGCUGAAAAUCAAAGCACAUUUUCCUUCAAGCAAUCGCAAAAUGAUUCCACUCUUUCAUGAUGACGUGUGAAACCUUUCUCCAGAAAUCAGAAUGUUAUUUGUUCGUAGUGCUGGGACUGUAAUUCAUCAUCUGACAUGAUCUUUGUACUGUACUGCUGUGUGUACGUCAGUGGCUUUCUGUUAUUGUACUCAGCACUUUAUACGAUCCGUUUGUUCACUGUGGUAAAAGGUUGUGGACAUCUCUGAAAACUACUGCUCAUUAAAACAGUCUGAUCAACACGA